CCUUCAUCAGACUCCCAUCUAGCCUGAGCUCUCAGGAAGACUGAGACAGACCUUGAUCCUUCAGGGCAGUUCUGGAGGGAGUCAAACGUAAUCCCCUCACCUACCCCCAUUUCCACCCUUUUGAAAUGGCUUCUCAUUUGUCUCUAAUCUUUAAGAAAGGGUGGACAGAAUUAGAUGCUGCAGCCUUUUACCAAAAGAGACAACUUUCCCUUGUGGAACUUUCUUUAAACAAUUCUUGAUUCAGGGCUGUCCCAAAGAUGUGCCACUGAAACUGUGAGGGAUAUGAUUUGGGACCCCAAUGUCUUAGCCAUCUAUACUCUGGGAAUUCUGACGAGAGGAGAACAGAGACAGUGAAACUGUAUUUACAGACCCAAAGACUGAGGAGUGAGGGACAGUUGGAAAGGGGUGGGGAGGAAGCAGAAACAGGGGAAAAAGGAAUAUUUUCAUAGCCUUUCUGUGGGCUCUCAGGAGGCAGGAUCCCAGACAGACCUUCAGAGACCCCAAAUCUUCCUGGGUGUGGGCGCUGUCCGAGGUGCUGACUGGACAGCGCUGUUGCUUCAUUAACUUCUGAGAAUCAGUAUGAUUGCAGGGGACGAGGGAGGAGUGGGGUGUGGGGUCAGUUGUCGGAAUGUGCUACCCAUUUCAAGGUAAUUUGCCAAAUGAUGCAGGGAAGCAUGUAAUGGUAGCUCCAACUGGAAGCUGGAACUAUUUCAAAAUUUCAGAUUUUGCCAUUAGAAAUUUGAUCUAGGGGUGUAGAAAAUCUUUGAAAAUAUAUUCAAACAGAAAAUAUAUUUUUGAACAGUAUGUUUGUUUUGCUAUGUUCUGUAGUGUAAUCACAAAACCUAGGCAUUGUAAAGAACCUUGGAAGUCAUUUAACCUUUCACGGAGAGCAGAGAUCUAUGAUUUCCCUAUUUGAUUACUUUCUGUGAUACCCAACUCACUACCAAACUAAGAGAACAAGUAGCUGCCUCUUCUGGGGUCCAGUAAAAUCUGUUUGUGUUACACUUUUGGGAAUUUGUUAUUACUUUUUAUCUGUCUAUAUAUUUAUAUCCACUUCCCCCUUUUCCUACUUGAUUUUAUGUUUCCCAAGAGUAGGUCCCUAUGGUCUUUAUCAUUGUACUGUUAACACAGAACCUCUUAAUAAAUCUUUAUAAGAUUCGUUCAAAUUACUUUGCAUUUUUGAAUGGCUCUAGUCAUCAAAAUUUUCUUUACACUAAACUAAAAUCUGAGCAUAUGUAACCUCUAACCAUUAGCCCUAGUUCUAUCCUUUGGGAAUACAGAAGAGUACUAAUAUCUUGUAUUUAUGACAGUUCUCAAAAUAACUGAAGGCAGUUAGCAUACAUGUCCUAAUUUUCCUCUUUGCCAAAGAGGACUAUUCUUAGUACCUCUAACUCAACUACAAAUUCUAUCAUUUCAAGUAGGAUUAUCACCUUUCAAAGCUUGGACACUAUUACUUCUGUAUAGCACAAGAUUGCCUCAGCUUUUUCUUGGCUCCUAGAGAGAUUUCAAGAAGUAAAAUAUCAGUAUUUUAGAUCUAUACUACUCUUGAGCCAUAUAUUCCCUGUCCUACAUUUAAAAAAUCUAAGUUCAGGGUUUUGCAUUUAUCCCAUUUAAUUUCAUCUAUCCAGUUGAUUCCUUCAAUUGCUGUAUUAGCUAUUCUCCAAGUGUUGUGUCAUGCACCAAUGAGAUGAAGACUUCAUUUAAGUCAGCUAAAGAUUGACUGGCAUAGAGUGCUGCUGCGUGCUGGUAACACUCUUACCCAGAACCUACCCCUGAAGAGUCUGAUGAGGAUUUCCUCGACCUCUAGCUGAUCCCCCAGAUGGCUUGGAUAUCAUGCAGCUUGAGCGGCUGGCAUAUUGGGCAGCUCUUUCUAGGCAACCUAAGGAUGAUCAAGACAUAUACAAAAGGUUUUUAUUUCACUACUCCAGAACUCAGAAGCCGAUACAUCCAGUUAAAAGUGGGUUUCCUCCUGUGCACCCGUUAAUGCGCAUGGCUGCGCAGCUCGCCAACCGGAAGGUGAAAAGAUUUCUGCAACAGCACGAGGCAUGGGGUCACAGCCAACUGACGGUAAGCCUGGGGGAUGCGGUUCCUGUUACAUUAACCUGUGCCACAUUCACUCACAGGAUUCGGGGACUGCUGCAGUGGAUUUCACCAAGAAGGAUCACACUGCCACCGGGGGACGACCAUUUUUCCUUUUCAGGCCAAGGAACGGAAGAAACACUGAAGAUAACACUCAGUAGGACAGUCCGAGAAUUCAGUGACAAAGAGAAACUGGAUCAGAUAAAGAAAUUGGGCAAUUAUUUUGAACACAUGUCAACUUUCUGUGAGAGAUAAAAGAUAAUUCUCUUGCUCUAUAUUCACUAGAAUAUUCAGUUGUAUAAAAAAUAAAGCAGCAUGGACACAAUAUUUUCAUUUCUUAUUGGGAAGU